GAAGCCUUAACAAGUGUGAUUGAUGAAAGAUGAAAAUAGUGCCCACUUCGAGUGAUGCGUGCCCACAUUGCUAGCGAGAAUAUGACUUCUUUCCGAAAUUUGUGGGCUCAAAUCGCUUCAUAAAACACACCGACUGACGGCCUGAGGGACCGGUAGCUCCUUGUAUUACUUUACAGUCCUCGCCAUUCAGACUUUCAGAUCCUUAUUCCUGAGAUGACACCUGUUGGCACGGCUCAACGUCAUCCGCACACCGCGGAAACGUGCGGCUUAAAUAGCCCACCGGGUUGCAUCCACAUGGACCUAAGACAGAAGACUAUUCGUCCCUUCCGCAGUGUCGCUAGUGGCUACUCGCUAGAAUCUUGCAGCUUGCAAGCUGUAGAACAGUCGAAAAAAGCUUUGCCAGGACAGUGCGAUGGCAAUGGCGAAUGUUAACGUCCUCCUCCUCCCUGAACUAAGCUCCGGCCACUUCAUGUCGCUGAUCGAAGCCGGGAAGCGGCUGCUCGGUCACGGCGGCGGAGACGACGACCACCGCAAGCUCACGGUGACCGUCCUCGUUGUGCGGCCACCGACGGCGGAGUCCGCGUCCGAGGUGGACGCGCACAUCCGGCGCGUUGAAGCAUCCGGAUAUGACGUCCGGUUCCGCCACCUCCCCGCAGUGGAGCCCCCGACGGACUGCGUCGGCAAUGUGCAGGAAUUCAAGUCGCGCUACAUGGAGCUCUACAAGCCGCACGUCAGGGCCGCGGCGCGGGAGCUUCACGCCGCCGCGCUCGUGGUCGACUUCUUCGCCACCACCGUGCUCGAUGCGGCCCGCGAGCUCGCCGUGCCGGCUUACGUGUACUUCAGCUCCACGGCCGCGCUGCUCGCGCUCACCCUGAGGCUGCCGGCCCUGGACGAGGCGAUCGCCGUCGACUUCGAGGCGUUCGAGGGCACGGUGGACGUCCCGGGCAUGCCGCCGGUGCCUGCAGGGUCCGUCCCGAGGAUCCUGGGCCGCAAGAAGAGCCCGAACUACACGUGGUUUGUGUACCACGGCAGGCGGUUCAUGGAGGCCAACGGCAUCAUCGUUAACACGGUGGCCGAGCUCGAGCCGGGGCUUCUCGCCGCGAUAGCCGAAGGCCAGUGCGUGCCGCCACGAUCGGCGCCGCCGUUGUACCCGAUGGGCCCGGUGAUCGACCUCGGUGUCAAAGAGUCCAACGAGGACUGCAUCCGGUGGCUCCACGCGCAGCCGCCGGCGUCGGUGGUGUUCCUCUGCUUCGGGAGCUUGGGAUGGUUCGACGCCGCGAAGGCGCACGAGGUCGCCGCGGGUCUGGAGCGAAGCGGCCACCGUUUCCUGUGGGCGCUGCGCGGCCCGCCUGCUGCCGGCUCGUGGCACCCGAUGGACGCCGACCUAGAUGAGCUCCUCCCCGCGGGGUUCCAAGAGAGGACGAAGGAGAGGGGCCUCGUGUGGCCGAGGUGGGCGCCGCAGAAGGAGGUCCUCUCCCACCCCGCCGUCGGCGGCUUCGUGACGCACUGCGGGUGGAACUCGACGCUGGAGAGCCUGUGGCACGGCGUGCCGCUGGUGCCGUGGCCGCUGUACGCGGAGCAGCACCUGAACGCGUUCGAGCUGGUGGCCGUCACGGGCGUGGCCGUGGCGAUGGAGGUGGACAGGAAGCGGGACAACUUCGUGGAGGCCGCGGAGCUGGAGCGGGCGGUGAGGUCACUGAUGGGCGGCGGCGAGGAGGGGAGGAAGGCGAGGGAGAAGGCCGCGAAGGCGAAGGCCGCGUGCCGGAAGGCCGUGGAGGAGGGCGGAUCGUCGUACUUGUCGCUGCAGAGGCUGCGUGAUGCGAUUCGCAGCGGUGCAGCAGCGUAGCUUGAUCGUUUUUUUUAACAGACCAGCAAGAGAUUUACCGGUUUUUAUACUGAUAAGGAAACUGAAAAGUUAAUAUCAAAGAGAAGACUAGACCGGCUAAAAGGACAAAAAUAAAGAAGUAGCCUAGAGAAGGCUCAAAGAACUACAUAUGACAAGGAUUUAUGUCUCGAAGUCUCUUUGCUCCUGCUAACAUUAUGAUCUCGCCUCAUCCUUUUAUAUGUUAGAUGAUAACUUCUACUGUGGAUUCUUUUCGCAAGAAAACUCUGGCGUUGUGUUCGUUCCAAAUUUCUCACGUCACUAGUAGCAUCAUGGAGCCAACUGCUCUGAUUGACAUACUAGAGGUAGAGCCAUUCAUGUGCCACCAAUACGCUAUGGAUUGGCAAUUUGAUCACGUGCUCACUUGAGGGAAGUUUCCGGCCAUCCAUCGACAUAUCUCUUCCCAAAUUCUACGGUUGUAGCGACACUAUGUAAGGAGGUGGAUUGUUGUCUCAUCGGUCGAGCGGAAUAGGGGGCAAACACGUUGAUCUAGCUAUUUGCGGGCAGCGAGUCGAUCAGUCAUCCAAAGCCGGUUCUGGUAGGCUAGCCAUGCAAAAAACUUGCACUUUGGUGGUGCCCAUGUGUGCCAGAUUAGCCUGUCCUGAUCAGUGUUGACUAAUCCAAUAAACGGUGCCAAGUAUGCAGAUUUUGUGGAAUACUCGCCAUGCACAUUUAGUUUCCAUGUGAUCUGAUCAGGUGUGUCCAUGACGACCUGCAUCGGCUGCACACGUUCCCACAAGGUGACAAACUCAGUUAGAUGCUGCAUCCAAUUGAUGGCUGUGAUGUUGAGGUCACGAAUGCAAGAUUGAUUGGCGAGCGCUUGCUGCACUGAUUUCUUUUUCUUCUUGCUAAUGAGGAAGAGGUUUGGGGCCAAGUCUCUAGGCACAACACCUUGUAGCCAAGCGGACUGCCAGAAUGACACCUUCGCUUCAUCACUGAGGGUGAUGUUUGUUGCUGCAUUGAAGAGCUUGUGAUCGAUUUCAUCACAAGGGAUCUCCAUCCCAACCAAAGGUUUGUUUUAAGACUUCCAAGCAUGCCAAAGUCAUCUGAUGCGAAGCGCUCUAGAAAAUUUGCGAAGGUCAAGGAUUCCCAAGCCUCCCAAGGAGGUGGGGCAACAAACUCGAUGCAAGUUCACUUUGCAUUUGCCACCUAUAGUCCUAUCCGUGCCAGGCCAUAAGAAACGCCUUCUUCUCGCAUCAAUUUCUUCAAUGACAUCCUUCGGAAGUUUCAAUGCUGUGAGGAAGUAUAUUGGUUGCGAUGAAAACACCAAUUUGACAAGGGUAUUCCUGUCGGCUUGGGUUAGGAACUUUCCUUGCCAAUUCCCCAUGCGUCCUGCCGCUUUAUCAAGUAGUGGCUGGCGGUCCACCUUUCUCAAGUGUGUUAGUGAAAGAGGUGGGCCGAGGUAUUUUAUUGGGAAGCUGGUUCUCUUGGCUGGUAGGCCAGCAAGGACGGUCGACAGGUUGAUGUACUAAUUUAUAAAAUUAUUUCCAAUCCUAUAUUGUAUAGUAAUAUUGUGAGUUGCUUAACAAUGCAUUAAUUAACAUUGAU